CAGGACUCAGGCUCACAAUGAAGCUAAGCCCAUUGUGAAACUGAGAGUGAGAGUAGAUGGAAGCAGGUGCUGGUGGAGGCAUGAAGUGGCAGUUUCUCAUGCAUUGCUGAUUUCUGACAGACCAAAAAUCGAAUUGCUUAGCCUGCAAAAAGGGAAAGGGACUGUUUGAAGGGGAAUAAUAAGAACUAAUUUCUUUGCUUUUCAAAACAGCAGACCAUCCCUUCUCAAGAAAGAAGAACGAAAUAAGUUGAAAGGGUUGAACAGGAAAUUAGGUAUGUGAGGCUUAGAUCUAGAGAAGCAGGUCCACCACAACCAUCACAUGACGUGGAUUUCCGCUUUGACACAUUUUGCUUUUGGCUGCACAGCGAGGCAGGGCCACACAAUCACUGAAAAGCUGCUGCAGCAGGACAUGAUGGUGCUUUGAGGACUACUCUACCAUGCAGUCCACCAUGAAUUUCAAUGGUCUUGCACGCCAGGGCAGCCAAGAGAAUUACAUUCUGGAUAAUACUCUGAGGAAGAAAUGUUCCCUGUGGUACCGACGUUCACUGAGGGGAAACAAUGAUCGACACCGGCACAACACAGGCUCACUUCCCCGAGUAUGCAAGCCCAAAGAAACCCACUCCACCUCUCUGGUUGAUUACUCUGACCCACAAAGGACCACAAUUGUUCUGGAAAAACAUGACAAUGAAACCUUUGGUUUUGAAAUUCAGACCUAUGGCCUGCAGCUGAAGGACAGCUCUGCAGUGGAGAUGUGCACGUUUGUGCGCAAAGUGCAGGAGGACAGCGCUGCUGAGAGUGCUGGCCUGACCGCAGGUGAUGUUAUUAUCACUAUCAAUGGGGCCAGCAUUGAAGGAUCAUCUCAUCAGCAGAUACUUGAUCUGAUAAGAGAAUCAACCAACUGUCUAAAGAUGGAGACUGUAUGUGGGAAUGUAGUGAAGCAGAUAGAGCUGGAGAAGAGAAUGAACCUGCUUAAGCAAUCACUACGUGAGAAAUUGGUUGAGCUGCAGGCCCUCACAUUACAGGAAAAACGUCUAAUGCGAGGUAACUUAAACGACAGCAGCCUCCACCUCUCAAUGGACUCUUCUUCGAUUCUGAGCUCCCCCACUGGCCGCUGUGGCCAACGCUUUUCUAGUGACAGUAGCUACAGGAGCAUGAUGACAGAUGACAGUGACCAGGCCAGUGUGUUUGACGAUCUGUGCUCUCCCAGCCCAUGCAGUGCAGCCAGCCCCACAGACGACAGCUGCUUCUUCUCCAGAGAUUUUCCCUCACAGAACGGCUCCUGCAGGUUUUCAUCCAGCUCCAGCCAUCAUCACCAAUCCCUCAACCGCUCCAGGAGCUCCAGUUUGGCCGGCAGCAGCAGCUCCCUCUCUCCUUCCUGGGAUGAAACAAGGAUAUCCUCCUUGUUUGGCACCCUGCCCCGUAAAGGCAGGAAAGUCAGUGUCCGCAAACACAUACUGAAGUUACUUCCUGGACUCCAGCGAUCAGUUGAAGAGGAGGAGAUAGGAACAAACACUCAGUGACUUACAUGCUCCUUGUGUAUACUUGAUACUACGAGUUAACAAGGGUUCUCAUGCUCUCGUUGCAGACACUGUAAAAAACUGUUUCCCCAUGCUUAAGGUUGGGUUAACCCUUAAAAUCAUUUUUUGCCUUAAUGGGAACCCAGAGACGACAGACAUUUUGGCACUUGGCAUUUACCAAUGUCAAAGUUUACUCAAGAGGGUCCUGAGCCUCAAAGGUGAGCCUAGCUCACUGCUUGGCUUAGACUUAUGUAGGCACAAAAGCAUUAAGAAAAUAUUCUUCCUUUGUUUGAAUGAAUGCAUGCAUACAAGAUUGUAAUGUACAUAGAUUAGAUUAUGUAUCCUACUAGCUUGAAUAAAAAAUUGAAACAUUUCUUCUUAUGCCAGUAUGAUCAGCUUUAAUCAGAAUAGUCUGAACUGCAGUAGCUGUAUUCAUGUAGCACCU